UGUGCUGGGCGCUGCUAUGUACGCGGGUCGCAAGCGGAGGAAGCCGGUGCCCCGGGCGGUACGGCCGGGGCCGGUCGAAAGUGGUACCUCCAACCCCUCCAAGCGGCACCGGGAGCGGCUGAACCGGGAGCUGGAGCGGCUGGCGGGGCUCCUGCCCUUCCCCGAGGAGGUGGUGGCCGGGCUGGACAAGCUGUCGGUCCUGCGGCUGAGCGCUGGCUACCUCCGCGCCAAGAGCUUCUUCAGCGUUGCUCUAAAGAAUUCUGGCACUGGAGAAGUGGAGAGGGAUGGAAACUGCAGCAACAGACCAGCACUGGGCUCAGCAGCAGUACCUGAAGGCGAGCUGCUUCUACAGGCACUUGACGGCUUCGUGCUGGUGGUGACGUCGGAAGGACUAAUAUUUUACUCCUCACAUACGAUUCAGGACUAUUUGGGAUUUCACCAGACAGAUGUCAUGCACCAGAGUGUCUUUGAGCUGAUCCACACUGAGGACCAGCAGGAAUUCAGGCGCAACCUCCACUGGGCACUCAACCCACCCCACACUCCAGAGGGUGACCCUUCUGCAGAAGGGGGGAAGAGUCUUGGCUUUUCUGCUGUUGCCUACAAACCAGAUCAGCUGCCUGCAGAAAACUCCUCCUUUCUGGAAAGGAGCUUUGUGUGCCGCUUUCGCUGCCUCCUGGAUAAUUCCUCUGGCUUCCUGGCUCUAAACCUUCAAGGCAGGCUGAAAUUUCUUCAUGGUCAGAACAAAAGGUCUGAAGAUGGGUCUGCACUACCACCCCAGCUUGCUCUGUUCGCUGUCUCCACCCCCUUGCAGCCUCCGUCCAUCCUGCAGAUCAGAACCAAGAACAUGAUCUUCAGGACGAAGCACAAGCUGGACUUCACCCCCUUGGCAUGUGAUGCCAAGGGGAAGAUCGUUUUGGGCUAUACUGAGGCAGAGCUGCGGAUGUGUGGCACUGGCUACCAGUUCAUCCAUGCUGCUGACAUGCUGUACUGUGCCGAGAACCACGUCAGGAUGAUGAAGACAGGCGAGAGUGGGCUGACAGUCUUCCGCCUGCUGACGAAGGAGAACCGCUGGAAGUGGGUGCAGGCCAACGCACGGCUUGUCUACAAGAACGGCAAGCCUGAGUACAUCAUUGUCACUCAGAGACCCCUUGUAGAUGAAGAAGGAGGAGAGCACCUUCGGAAACGGUCCACGCAUCUUCCCUUUACCUUUGCUACAGGAGAGGCGCUAUUAUAUCAAAGUGCUUGCCCUCUCCUGGGCUUCCCUGACCCUUUCCAGAGCAAAGAGAAAACCAGCAAGUCCAAGAAGACUUCCCACAGCCAUGGAGGGUGCUCCCAGAAGGAUGGCAUUGACCCCAGUUCUCUGAUGGGUGCCCUGAUGCGACAGGACAAGGCGGUGUACAUCUCCCAUCCAGCUCCCAAAACUAACCACUCCUUCAGCAGCAGUUUUGUAGACCACCUCAAGGACAUGUCCUUGCUGGAUGCAGGGGGCGAUGCUCCAAGUUCUUCAAGUGGGGACAGCCUCAGAAAGGAGCUGGUGGAUUUGCAGCAGGAGGACCCUCUCUUGGCCACCCUGGACUCUCUCUCAAUUAAGAGUGACGAGAGCUGUUCCAACAAUGAGCUGUUCACUGCACUGGAGGGCCUGGGGUUGAAUGCUGAAGACCUGGAGCUCCUGCUGCUGGAUGAGAAAAUGGUGAUGGUCAAUAUGGACCCUGACCACACCCUGUCACUGAACGACUGCCUUGACAGCAACAAGAUUCUCUCCUACAUCCAUGCCACUCUAGUGAACAAGCAUGAGGGAGGACAACAGGUCUGUCCCCUGCCAAGCAUGUCCCCGACCCCACAUGGAGGCACUGCUAUGUAUCAGAACAAUGUGGAGGAUGAGGACUCACAGUACCUGCCCCAGCAUGUGGUACAGCCCAGCACUGCCUUGGGCCAGCCCCCUGCUCCACUGUGGGAACAGCCCCUCCACGCUGUGCCAGGUCAGCUGCCCCCACUGCUGCUGGAGCCAUCUGAGAAGAAGAAAGAGCCAUCUGAUGGUUCGCAGUGGAGGCCAGCUGAAGAGGCAGGUCUGCUCCACUUUGUCCAGCCAGCAUGGGGCACCCUGUGGGACAAGGCACCCAGCUUAUCCUGGGGAGCCCCCUGCCUGCAGGAGUCACCGAGGGCGCAGCAGCUGAGGCGUGACUUCCCAGGCAUACAUUCCACCCAAGAAGAUGCGUGCCAGUCCUUCUCGCUACCCAGCCAGUGCCAGGGCAGCAUGGGACCACCCAGCCAGCCAAAGCACCAUCUCUUGCCAAUGAAUGGGUUGUGUAGCCACAGCCCUGACUCCACUCCACACCUCCUUACAAGCAGCAGCCCCAGCCCAUGGCAGGACUAUGUUUGCCCAUUCCUGGUGUCCCCAGCUCAGCCUGGUUUUUAUGGCAUCAGCCAUGACUUGGUCUCCCAGCACCAGGCAUGCUUGAGUCCAGGGCCUGGUGCACCGUUGGUACGCUUUAACCUGAAUGGAUUACGUAGCAUGGAAACUGCGGGCAAUGGAGUGUCCCAGGAAGAGACGGCUCCAUACUCUGGGUUUUUUCCCCCCUCCUCAUACCAUCUUAUUCCCAAGAAGCAGACGAGCCCUGUUCCCUCCAUGCCCCAGCACCCUUUUCCAAGCUCAUCUGCAGAGCGCUUCAGGAACGUCGGCAGGCCGUCGGAGACUCCUGUGAACUCCUAUGGGACAUACGCCUCCACGCUGAGCCAGGAGAGCAGGCACAGGCCUGAAAGUAGCUGUGUUCUGCCCAGUGCUCCCAUGGGACUCCCUGGAGACUGCCUGGUGCUGGGGGGGAGCCCAGCUCCCCUCUGCCAGAUGCACGCCCAGGCAGAAGAACUGCCAGAUCACCCUCAUGCCUCCAUCAGCGACUUCUGUCUCUAGGAAAGAAAGACUGGAAUGGACAAAGCAGGACUAUUCCCUGGGAAAGGAGCUGCCUUCAAGUUGCAGAUAACAAACCUUCCCCCUGCCACGUUCUUGGUGUUGGUUGCUUUGGCUGGGCUGGGUUUUCUUGCCUUUUUUCCUUUUGUUUUUUUUUAAUCAACUUCUCCACCAUCCUGCCCCUGCUGAGGCUCCAUGUGCCGUCCUGUGAAGGUGUCUCUGGCCUGGGGAGGGCAGUAGCUGGCAGCAGGGCUGGAGAGCAGCUUUCCCCAUAGCACAGGAGCGAGCUGGGCUGCGAUGCUGGUCAGCCAGUGCGUGCAGCCUUGUCUUUAGAUAAAGACGAGCUCUUUAGCUCUUUAUCUCUUGGUAUCCAAGAGCUGUAUGGCUCUUGGUCAGUUGGAGGAUCUCAGAGCGUCCUUGUCACUUGCAGUCUCAUCCUACCCCACCUGCCCUCCUUGCUUCUGUUUCCCUGGUGGGGUGAGUGUCUACCCACCCUGCCUGUAUAUCUUACCGAGAGUCAGCUUUGAAACGUUUGGGCCUUUUAUGGUUGCUGGUGUCUUUUAAGCGGCAUUUGGAGUCUAACUGUGGCUCUAUAAAGAAAAAAAGGAAUGCUUUCUAUCAGCAGCCAAGCUGCUGUGUUGAAGGUGUGAUGUUCAUGUGGCAAAUCCUGCAUUUUGCCGAGAAGCCAGGGAGUGAGGGCUUCAUUGCACCAGUCUUUGCAGUUCUGCCAUUAACAGAGUGCAAUUUUUGGUGCAUUUUGCAAGGCUUUUGGAAACCCAGGCUGUUUCUAUGGCUGUUGCUUGGGUCAGACAGUUCAGUAGUCCUUGGCAGCAUCUGUGGAAGGCAGCCCUUGCCCUGAAGGACAAUAGGGUUUCUGAUGGCUAAUGUCCUCCAGCUUCACCAAAGCUUUGCAAUUACAUAAAUGUUCCGAUACAGAUUAAAGGCUCAUGCAUCAAAAAAAAAAAAAGAGACAGGAAAGGUUUUCACCUCUUAGAUUUCCUGCCAUCCCAGCCAGGCAUCUGUGGCUGUGGCCAUGUUGUACAGAUACCGCCUGUUUUAUAAAGGAAGUGAACCCUGACUUGUGUUCUCGUGUUGCACUGGUCCUUCUUCACCACCAGGUUUCCCUGUGUCCCACAUGUUCCCAUUUGUUAGGGUUCAGAUUAGACCUCCUGUAACAAACACUCUGGGUCUUGCUGUACUGUACAUGAUGUGCCCAGGUUGGCUGAUAACCAGUUUUUCUCCUGGGUGAUGGGGUCUGAAGUACCUGAACAGGCAGUGGGGGAUCAUUCUUAGACAGCAGGAGCAGGCUGGCAUAUAAGCCAUACCUUGCAUCUGUGCUUAAAAAGAUUGCAGAUAAGUAGUGGAGCUGCCUAACCUAAGGAGAAGAUUUCAGAUUUACUGAAAAAAGAAAAAUUAAGAUAAAAUAAUUACUGAUGUACUGAUAGAGUGAUAUUUUCCCACAGAAAAUAAAUACAGCCCAUACAUAUGUAUGUAAGUUGAGAGAUUUAUUUUUAUGCCACCCCAGUGGAGGAAAAAACCCCUCUUACCUUCCUAAAGUGGCAUCCUAUGGAAUGGGACAAACAGGCUGUUCAAAAGCUCAGAAAUACAGAGACCCUUUAAGAAAUCUGACAAAGCAGCAUCCUUCCCCCUGCAUCUCCAGCUUUGGUCUCGUGUGAACUUAUCCUUUUUGUUUCAAUAAAUGGUUCUGGACCUCAGCCCCUGACAUGUCCCUUGCUGGUUGUGUGUAUCUUCCCCUUCUCAAGCAUGUCAGGGUUUCACUGCUGCAGUGUUGGAGCCUGCGUCCUGCCACUGGUGACCCAGGACAGCAGCCGCAUGAGAAGGAGGCAGGCAGGGCUCACCCCUGCAUGAUGGAGGCUGUUGCAAGCUGUGCAGUUGAGGUGGUUAAAAGACUACCUUCUAUGUGUUUCCCCUCACCACCAGAGGAAGGCAGAGUCCCUCAAAGGCUUCUACAGAGGAGCUUUCUCAGCUUGUACCUGCUUUUCAUUGUUCCUGUGAGUCUGCCAAAGUUGUGGAGACAGACCAGCCUGGGGACCUUUGUCCACUGCCUUUGGUGAACAGCUGAGGUUUACAGGGCUGGAGAAGGUGGCAGCUGAGCUUCCACAUGAGUCUGGGGUGCAGUCUGUCUUGGGCACUAGGCUCUGGCUCCAGCUAACCCUGCCUCUAAGAAGCCCUCUGCUCAGGGAGAUCCGAGCUGCUGCUGGGAGAUGUUCAGCCCCUGGAGAAGACAAUUUCCUCUGUGUGCAAUUGCUCUUGGUUCUAUAUUGUUGUCCCCUCUGACGCUGGGGACUGCCACGUGCAGGAUGCGUAGUCUGGAAGAAGUGAAGGUGAAGCCAUUGUUGGGGAUGGCAGGCAGCCAGGAGUACAGCCACCCCACCCCAGACGUGCUCACAGCCUUUGGGAUUGCCAAGCACACUCCACCUGUCUUCCAGCUCCUGCCAUGGAUGUGCCUGAAGCCCCACAGGUACCAGGGGGGCAUUUUCCAAAGUGCUGAAGAGUUUGGUGAGCUGGGCAGGGCCAGACUGCGUGGUCGGCACAGCCGCUGCCUGUCUGGCUCAUGAGCGUUUUCCCUUCAUUGUGGGAGCAUCUUUGGCCAGCUCCAGCAGAUGAUGCCACCUGGUCUCCAAGGUGGGUUGUGGAUUUGUACGCCCUAGUGAAUGUGGCAUUUUGGAGGGCUCCUGGGACAGUGUGAAUGUUGUUUCUGCCUUCUCUCUAGAGAAAACAGACUUCGUAUGCCCAUUCUGUCCUUUGGGAAUCAACAGGCAUGUGGAGAGAGGUGAUUGGGGUUCGUUAUCCCACCCUAUCUCCCAAAAGAAACAAGCAGGUUAAAAGCAGUUGGCAACCCAAAUAUUUAAAUUUCAGUAGGUUUGGAAAUGCUGGUACCCGGGAAUAUUAAAAGAAUCAACUGAAUCUCUGAUCUGGUGAUCUGAGUAUCUGAUGAUUUUAAAGGAAUGGGGAAAAAGCAAAUAUUCUGCUGAUAUUUAGAAAGAAUCAGGUGGGAUAAUUGGAGACCAGCAGGUCAGAUGGGUUUAUAUGGAUCAGGGAAAAUUCUCCAGAAAGGCAGUCUGUUGCUUCAAAGUGAAAAGGGUCCUCUUAUUAUUCAGUGUGAUCUUUAUGCAAAAUAAAAUUUGGUGAUCUGUUUUGUCUUGGUUUUUAUUUUAAAAAAUCAAACAAUUUUGAAAUAAACUGAGGA